ACAUUUGUCUGUCAAAAUCAUCAGCAACUGAGUGCAGAUCGCUGCAGGACCACAGGCAUGUUGCGGGGCACAUAACAGCUGUAUUGACUCCACCAGACGCAAGGCAAAAGCUGGAUUUCACAAUCGUGAUGCUGCAUUGCUUGACGCUUGUCCGGUAAUCAGAUCAUCCGCGCUCUACCAAUCCCUCUGCCAUUCCAACGAACAUCUUGCCAAGCAGAUUAUAGUACGAAGGCUAUGGCUACAAAAGGCAAACGACCCAACUUCUUGGUUAUCGUUGCAGACGAUCUGGGCUUCAGUGAUCUAAGUUGUUUUGGGGGAGAGAUCCGUACACCAAAUCUUGACAAGCUCGCCAGCAAUGGCUUGCGCUUCACAGAUUUUCACGCAGCUGCCGCGUGCUCUCCGAGCCGAGCUAUGCUCAUGACUGGCACUGAUCAUCACAUUGCGGGACUCGGAAAUCUGAUCGAAUGGACGAACAGAUCUGACCAAAAUGCACCCUCCGAGGGUGAGAUCAAGUAUUGGAGCACUGCUCCUCAACGAGGCAUGCCAGGCUACGCAGGCUAUCUGAAUGAUCGUGUGGUCGCCCUGCCUGAGAUUCUCCGCGAUGCAGGAUAUCUGACUCUGAUGGCUGGAAAAUGGCACCUUGGGCUGAUCCCCGAACGAUUUCCGCACAAACGAGGUUUUGAGAGAAGCUUUGCACAUCUACCAGCAUGUUCAAAUCACUACGCCUUCGAGCCGGAGCUCCAAGGUCCAGAUAAGAUUCCAGAAUUCAUGACGAUGUCGUACAUCGCUUUGCAUGCUGAGGAUGGCGAAUAUGUUCGUAAACUUCCCGAAGGAUGGUACAGCAGUAACGGUUAUGGAGACAAAAUGCUUCAGUAUUUAAAAGAUCGUCAUGAUCAGAAAGAUGGACGGCCGUUCUUUGCGUACUAUCCUUUCACUGCGCCGCACUGGCCGUUGCAAGCUCCCGACGAAUUCAUUGCACAUUACAGGGGCGUCUAUGACGAGGGACCAGAUGUGCUUCGGGAGAAGCGCUUACAGAGGAUGAAGCAGAUGGGACUAUGCCCCGAGGACGUUGUUCCACAUCCGGUGGUCGCAGAUGAAGUUAAAGAGUGGAAAGACUUGACGCCAGAGCAAAGAGCGAAAUCGUGCAAAGCUAUGGAAGUGUUUGCAGCGAUGGUAGAAGCCAUCGAUCACAAUGUCGGAAAAGUCGUCGAUUAUCUCGAAGAAACGGGCGAGCUUGACAAUACAUUCGUCUGCUUCAUGUCUGACAACGGAGCAGAAGGAGCAGCGUACGAAGCAUAUCCAAUCGUACAAAGCACAAUGCUCGGCCACUUGUCGAAAUACUACGACAAUUCGCUCGAAAAUCUCGGACGUGGUAAUAGCUUCAUCUGGUAUGGCCCUCGCUGGGCACAAGCCGCAACAGCCCCAAGUAGACUCUACAAAGCUUUCACAACCGAAGGUGGCGUUCGUGUUCCACUUCUCGCAAAAUUCCCCACCAACUUUCACGUUCGCGCCGACGGCGAUAGUAUCACCCAAGGACAAGUCGAAAUCUCAUCGUCUGGAUCACAUAUCAGCGCCGAACAAGCCAGCAUCUCCUCGACCUUCAGCACAAUCAUGGACCUCACUCCUACGAUACUCGACAUGGCUGGAAUCUCUCACCCUGCGCCAACUUACCAGGGCCGUGAGAUCGUCUACAUGCGCGGAAAAAGUAUGGUGCCCUACUUGAACGGCACAGCUCCUUCGAUUCAUCCCGCAGAUUUCAUCAACGGCUGGGAGACCUGCGGUCGAGCAGCCGUCCGUUGCGGCGACUGGAAAAUUGUCUUCAUUCCGAAACCGAAAGGACCCGAGAAAUGGCAAAUGUACAAUCUGAAGAAAGAUCCUGGGGAAGUGAAUGAUCUGGCGGAACAUGAUCCAGAGAGACUGGAAAAGAUGAUCAAGAUGUGGGAUCAGUAUGUUUUGGAAACGGGCGUGAUACCACUUGCUCCUGCGUUGGGAAAUUGGAUUGCUGCGAUGGAGGAGCAAAUGCCUGAGGAUGCCUGGAUGGAGUAUGAAUACUGGAAGGAUGGGGCACGAGAUGAUCCAGAGGCGUUCAGAAAGGAGAUCCCGAAGUUUGAGAGAACUGUCAAGGCCAUCUGAUGGUGGAGGUGGAUCGCUUCUUGGAGUUCGCGGCGAAAAUGAUCAAACCAUUCCAGAAUUAGAUCACAGAGCGGUGUGACGUUGUCCGGCCGCUUGCAUUGCCCUGCAGGAGCAUUAUGGCAAUCUGUAUCACGGCUAAGCACACUAU